AUGUUCGUCUAUUUACUUUUACUUCUCCCAAGAGUAGAAGCAGGAGAUUUAGAUGCGCUAGACCAUUCUGUACGCGAAAUCAAAGACGCGGACGUUAUAGUAAGUGCUAUAAUAUCAAUAUUAUUCCCUGACGAUGGCGAUGAUUUAAACAAGGACACGGUAAGAUUAGACGAAGACAAUAGUCCAGAAUAUGUGAAAGAAGGAUUCAUAAGACCAUACUUCGAUAAUGUCGGACAGACGCGAUUCAAGAAGAUAAAGACUAAUGGAGAUCCUAAGAAGUAUAAUUUACGUGAUAACACAUUCAUUAAGAUGAAUGCAAGGAGUGAACCAGAUACAUUAUUAUUGCUGAACAAAUUAGUUCUUAGAUUGUCGGAGGUGAUGUCUCCUGAGAUAAAGGCAGAACUGCAGAGUCCAGCUGCGAAACACCAACUCAUGCAGCUAGUAAAAUAG